UCUCGAUGGCGGAUCAUCAGCGAUUUUUCUGAACAAACCAAAUCACAAAUCAAACAAGAUGGGUCGCGAAUUGCAGAAGAAGAAGAACCGCUCGUCCACCUCCAAGGUGACGCAGAAGGCAAAGUCGAAGAGAAAGUUGUUGCAGAACCCCAUCAUCGCAGCCAACUGGAACCAGAAGGAGACACUCAGCCAAAACUACCGCCGCCUCGGACUCGUAUCCAAGUUGAACCACCCUACUGGCGGUGUCGAGAAGACCUCAAAGACUCUGAUCGAGGCUGCUAAUGGCCUGGCACCCGAGCCAACACCCGACAACCUCAACAUCAGCACCAAAUUGCCUACUACAAUCAACAUCUCCGAAGUCAAGAUUAGAAGAGAUCCCGAGACUGGCGCUAUUCUGGAAGUUCUGGACCAAAGAAAGGCAAACCCCCUCAACGACCCUCUGAACGAUGUCGAAGACAGCGACGAUGAAGGCUGGCAAGGAUUUGUGAACGAGCACGAUGUUUUGGACGGAGCAAGACAAGGAGGAGACGCCAGAACCGACGUGGUCCGACAACUCGAGGAACAAGCCGCACGACCAAUCAAGAAGGCGCCUAGGAAGCAGAGCGACCGCGAAGAAGAAUGGAUUGAGAGACUGGUGGCCAAGCAUGGCGACGACUACCUCACCAUGGCUCGCGACAUGAAGCUCAAUCCCAUGCAGCAGAGUGUUGGCGAUCUCAAGAAGAGAGUCAAGAAGUGGAACGCCAAGCAGCGAUCGUAAAAGACGCCGUAGACUUGGGUGCUCUCUUUGGUAUGCAUAGCGAAGGCGUUGGCAGGCACUGGAUCGACAUUUUACACAAUUUCUCGAGAAUGAACCAUCAUUGAACGACAUUUCGUUCACUAUCGUACAGAAUCAAAAGGUCAUUACACAUUUCAUAGCUUAGGCACCCUUUCCACCUCUCUCGUCCUGCAUACCGAUGACAACAUCAGGGGCCUCGGGGUUCUCUUGCUUGGCCUUUGCGGUGCUGUUGUUGGUGUCCCUGCGCUGAGUAGCGGUACCACCCUCACCACGGCUCUUCGACCUGCAGACGUGCAAUGUCAGUAUAGUGAUCAAGCUGAAGCAUGGAGGAAAUGGUACUCUUGGCCCUUUGCGGCAUUGUCGCUCUGAACGUCAAGUCUGUCCU